UGGUACGGUGAGAACAGAAAUAGACUUCUCUCUCAAGCAGCGUGGACGGGACCACACAUUUCGGAAGUCGCCCCAAGAAAAGAACCAAAUUUGACUCGUAGUCGGAGCGUUCAAAUUUAAGAGUCGAAGUCUUCUUUGAGUAUUUCAAAAGUUGUCAACAAACGCGAGGAUGAUUUUCGUCUCAUCUAAAACCCUAAAUGGACGUUUAUGCCCGGGUGCUUCCUAAGGACAUCUGAAUCCUCAAUGUGACUUUUACGCAUCUCCAAAAGGCAGGUUUCAACACCAGGGGGUUCGGAGAACGUCUACCACUUUUAAACAUUAAUAAUGCAACAUCCUUUGGAGAUUGGGGCGCACUACUACCCCCCGGAUGCCCAUCCAGACCAAAGAUCUCACAGGUACAGGAGUUUCAUGAUUGAAGAGAUUCUCACCGACCAUCCGGAUCACAAGGUAUCGAGUCCCGCCGGAGAUCUACUCAAAUUUGGAGUACAUGCCCUUCUGUCGGCCAGACCAUAUCACAACCACUUAGUACUGAAAGCAGACCAGACAAGCAUCCUGAAGUUCCCAGUGUCCCCUCUGUCCUGCUCCCUCGGGGCGCCGCUGGGCUCUGCGCUUUUGUCCGGGGCUGCAGGUCUGCACGUGGGCUCAUCAUCCCAUCAUCUCCCGCUGGACCUCCAUCUUCGUGGGAAACUUGAUCAUGGUGAUGCUGUGAGCAAGACAAAGAAAGGAAGGAGAAGUAGGACUGUGUUUACCGAACUACAGCUGAUGGGUUUGGAAAAAAGAUUUGAGAAACAGAAGUACCUUUCAACCCCUGACAGAAUAGACCUGGCAGAGUCUUUAGGACUUAGUCAGCUUCAAGUCAAAACAUGGUACCAAAACAGAAGAAUGAAAUGGAAAAAAAUCGUGCUGCAAGGAGGAGGACUAGAAUCCCCGACCAAACCAAAGGGCCGUCCAAAGAAAAACUCCAUACCCACCAGUGAGCAGCUCUCGGAGCAGGAGAGGACACGAGAUGUGGACCGUUUAUCCGACGGCUCCUCUUCUUCACUUUCUGAUGCAAACCAAGAGGAAUAAACCAGACCAUCCCGAUCCGUGCGAAUAAUAUCGUUUCCAGGACGCAAAUAUGCCCAUCAUCGGCCUCUGUGGAUCAUUGCUCACCGAAGCCUUUAUUUUGGCACUUAUACACAGAUAAAGACAUAACCACUUGGCCUGAAUUUAUACUACCUAUGUUUUGUUUGUUUGUUUGUUUGGUUGGUUGGUUGCGCCAACUUUUACGGCCCCUGAAAAGUCGUUACGAACUUGUUUUACCAGGGACCAGACUCCGAGCAGUGGUUGAAUGGACGUUCCCUCUGCAUUGAAGGCUGUGGCAUCAUGGACGUUUGAUCAGCAUUUAUUGUGCUUUUUGCUUCAUUGUUAUCUCAACCAUUUUCUUUUAAAAAAACAAAAAACAAAAAAAUAUUAAAUGACAUUUUUUCCAAAAACAGUUCUUUACAUUGUAACAAUGUGAUUUUUUUUUUCUUUUUCUAUGAACAUGGCAAAACAAAAGACAGCAUAGGCCUAAUUUUUACGACUAGGUUAGCAAUAAUAAUAAUAAUAAUAAUAAUAACAA